UCUCUCCAGGCAUCCUCGUGAGAGUGACAUCGUCUUUAAACCCUGCGUGGCAAUCCCUGACGCACCACCGCGAUGCCCAGGGAAGACAGGGCGACCUGGAAGUCCAACUACUUCCUUAAGAUCAUCCAACUUGUGGAUGAUUAUCCAAAAUGCUUCCUUGCGGGAGCAGACAAUGUGGGUUCAAAGCAGAUGCAGCAGACCCGCAUGUCCCUCCGCAGGAAGGCUGUCGUGCUGAUGGGCAAGAAUACCAUGAUACGCAAGGCCAUCUGAGGGCAUUUGGAGAACAACCCAGCACUGGAGAAACUGUUGCCUCAUAUCCGGGGGAAUGUGGGCUUUGUGUUCACCAAGGAGGACCUCACUGAGAUGAGGGACAUGCUGCUGGCCGAUAAGGUGCCAGCUGCUGCCCGUGCUGGUGCCAUAGCUCCAUGUGAAGACACUGUGCCAGCCCAGAACACUGGUCUGGGGGCCAAGAGGACCUCCUUCUUCCAGGCUUUAGGCAUUACCACUAAGAUCUCCAGGGGCACCACUGAAAUCCUGAAUGACGUGCAGCUGAUUAAGGCCAGAGACAAAGUGGGAGCCAGUGAAGCCACACUGCUGAACAUGCUAAACAUCCCUCCCUUCUCCUUUGGGCUGAUCGUCCAGCAGGUGUUUGACAAUGGCAGCAUCUGCACCCCUGAAGUGCUUGACAUCACAGAGGAAACUCUGCAGUCUUGCUUCCUGGAGGGUGUCCGCAGCGUCGCCAGUGUAUGUCUGCAGGUAGGUUACCCGACUGUUGCAUCAGUGCCCCAUCCUAUCAUCAAUGGAUACAAGCGGGGCCCGGCUUUGUCUGUGGAAACUGAUUACACCUUCCCACUUGCUGAAAAGGUCAAGGCCUUCUUGGCUGAUCCAUCUGCAUUUGUGGCUGCUGCCCCCAUGGCUGCUGCCACCACUGCUGCACCUGCUGCCGCCGCAGCCCCAGCCAAGGUUGAAGCAAAGAAAGAGUCGGAGGAGUCGGACGAGGAUAUGGGAUUUGGUCUCUUUGACUAAUCACUAAAAAGCAACCAAUUCAGCCAAGUUUAUUUGUGAAACACGGAAAUAAAGGCUUACUUCUCUU